AUGGAACUUAUUGAAGAUGCCGGAUUAGGAGGUGCAAAACCAGCUCUAACACCUUCACAGCAGAAUUUAAAGCUUAUAACUGUGGAUUUUAAUCAAGGGUUACAACAAGAAUCCAGUGACUUGGCUUUGGAGGAUAAGCCAGAAAAUACCUUUGUUGUUCAACAUUUAAGUCAAUUCAUGGAGGAGCCUAAAACUUCUCAUUUGGAGGCAGCUUUGAGAGUGGUGAGAUAUGUCAAACGGAAUCAUGGUCAAGGUUUAUUAUGUGCAGCAGAACGAGAGACAAAUACGGUUGCUUUAUGCGACUCAGAGUGGGCUCCCUGUGUGAUGUCAAGAAGAUCAGUCACAGGUUUCAACAUUAAGUUGGGCAAGUCCUUGACUUCUUGGAAAUCCAAGAAACAAAGUACCAUAGCACGUUCUUCAACAGAAGCUGAAUAUAGGAGCAUGACAAUGACAGUGGUAAAAAUCUUUUGGUUAACUGGUUUGCUGAAAGAAUUGAGAAUGAAGACUGACCCCAGUUGGGAUUUUUAG